UUUUUUUUUUAUAUAUUUUUAUAUCUUUUUCUUUAAUUCUUAUUAUUAAUAAUAAAUCAUGUCUGCUAAACCCAUUAGAGAAUAUGAUGGUAAGCUUUUAUUAGCCUACCAUCUUUUACGUGCACCUAUUGUCGGUCAAGAAGAUAGCGCUUCACUCUUUUCCCCUGCUGCUACCAAGUUGGCUCAUAUUAAUGUGGAUACUUCUCUUUUGGAGAACCGUGCUGCUUUUGAUGCCGCUUUAAAGCAACAACUUGAUAACCUUGAAAUCACGCAUCCUUGGUUACUCACUGACAAGUUGGUUGCUAAACCUGAUCAAUUGAUCAAGCGUAGAGGAAAGUAUGGUCUCUUGACUCUCAAUAAGGAUUGGGCUGAUGCUCGUAAGUGGAUUGAAGAGCGUGCAGGAAAAGAAAUCAAGAUUGAAAGAACGACUGGUGUUAUCAAGACUUUCCUUGUUGAACCUUUUGCUCCUCACCCUGACAACACUGAAUACUAUAUCUGUAUUAACUCUGUUCGUGAAGGUGAUUAUAUUCUUUUCACUCAUGAAGGUGGUAUUGAAGUAGGUGAUGUGGAUGCCAAGGCCUUAAAGAUGUUGAUUCCCGUCACAGGUGAAUUCCCUUCUUCUCAAUCCAUCAAGGAGACUCUCUUAAAGGACGUACCCGAGUUCAAGCGUGAUGUUCUUGUAGACUUUAUUCGUCGUCUCUAUGCUGUUUAUGUGGAUCUCCAUUUCACCUACCUUGAAAUCAACCCUUUGGUCGUCACAGACCCCGUAGAGGGUCAAACCCCUCAAGUCAUGUAUCUUGAUUUAGCAGCCAAGAUUGAUCAAACCGCUGAAUUCGAGGCUGGACCUAAAUGGGCUAUUGCUAGAGCCCCUCAAAAUAUUGGUCUCGUUCCUUCCUCUUCUGAUGCUCAAAAUGUGGAUGGAGGACCCCCUAUGGAUUUCCCCGCUCCUUUCGGUCGCGAAUUAACACGUGAAGAAGCUUAUAUUCAGGAAUUAGACGGAAAGACCGGUGCUUCACUCAAGUUAACUGUCUUGAACAAGGAUGGUCGUAUCUGGACCAUGGUUGCUGGUGGUGGUGCCUCUGUUGUUUACUCUGAUGCUAUUGCUGCUUUGGGUCAUGCUGAUCAACUUGCCAACUAUGGUGAAUACUCUGGUGCCCCUACCGAGACUCAAACCUAUGAAUAUGCAAAGACCAUCUUGGAUUUAAUGACCCGUGGUGACGUCAACCCUCAAGGUAAGCUCUUAUUCAUCGGUGGUGGUAUUGCCAAUUUCACCAAUGUGGCUACUACUUUCAAGGGUAUCAUUCGUGCCUUGACCGAGUUUAAGCAAGCUUUGAUCAAUCACAAGGUUAAAAUCUUUAUCCGUCGUGGUGGUCCCAAUUACCAAGAAGGUCUUCGUGCCAUGCGUCAAUUAGGUGAAACCCUCGGUGUUCAAAUUCACGUGUUUGGUCCCGAAACUCAUAUCACCGAAAUUGUCCCCUUGGCUCUCGAGGGUAAGUCAACUACCCUUCAAACUUCUACUACUACUUCUUCCGGUAAUUUGUUCCAAGAUCAAAUCUUUGGCUCGGAUACUCCCUCCGGUGCAAACACCCCUAAACUUGUGAUUGCUGAGGACAACGAAACCCCUAGUAACCCUAAUGAACGUAUGACUUAUUUCGAGAGCGGUCAAGAAGAGUCUGCCGAAUGGUAUCGUCCUUUCACCUCCAAGACUCGUGCCUUUGUCUAUGGUAUGCAACCUCGUGCUGUACAAGGUAUGCUUGAUUUUGAUUUCAUGUGUAAGCGUACCACUCCCUCUGUCGCUGCUAUGGUUUAUCCCUUUGGUGGAUCUCACGUUCAAAAGUUUUAUUGGGGUACCAAGGAAACUUUAAUCCCCGUUUUCACUUCAUUAAAGGAAGCCGUUGAAAAGUUCCCUGAAGUGGAUGUCAUUGUGAACUUUGCCUCUUGUCGUUCCGUCUUUGACUCGACUCGUGAAAUCUUUACUUAUUCACAUCAAAUCAAGACCGUGGCUAUCAUUGCUGAAGGUGUCCCCGAACGUCGUGCACGUCAAUUAUUACAUGAAGCUGAAGCACGUCACGUCCUUGUCAUUGGUCCUGCUACCGUUGGUGGUAUUAAGCCUGGAUGUUUCAAGAUUGGUAAUACAGGUGGUAUGAUGGAUAACAUUGUUUCCUCCAAGUUGUAUCGUGCUGGUUCUGUAGGUUAUGUCUCCAAAUCUGGUGGUAUGUCCAACGAAUUAAACAACAUUGUCUCUCGUGCUACCGAUGGUGUCUAUGAAGGUGUGGCGAUUGGUGGUGAUCGUUACCCCGGUUCUACUUUUAUUGAUCAUUUAUUACGUUAUGAAGAAGACCCUAACUGUAAGAUGCUUGUGCUUUUAGGUGAAGUCGGUGGUAUUGAGGAAUACCGUGUGAUUGAAGCCGUCCAAACCGGUGUCAUCAAAAAGCCCAUUGUUGCUUGGUGUAUCGGUACUUGUGCCAAGAUGUUCACUACCGAUGUUCAAUUCGGUCAUGCUGGCUCCAUGGCUAACUCUGAUUUAGAAACCGCUGAUGCCAAGAACAAGGCAAUGCGUGCUGCUGGUAUUGUUGUCCCAGAGACCUUUGAACAAAUGCCCUUGGCUUUGGCUGAGACCUACAACAAGCUUGUCAAGGAAGGUGUGAUCCAUCCUAGAGCUGAACCCGAGAUCCCCAAGAUCCCCAUCGAUUACUCUUGGGCUCAAGAACUUGGUUUGGUUCGUAAGCCUGCUAGUUUUGUCUCUACCAUUGUCGAUGACAGAGGUCAAGAGUUAUUGUAUGCUGGUAUGAGAAUUACUGACGUCUUUAAAGAUGAUGUCGGUAUCGGUGGUGUUCUUUCUCUUUUAUGGUUCAAGCGUAGACUCCCCGAUUAUGCUUGUAAGUUCAUUGAGAUGGUCUUGAUGUUGACUGCUGAUCAUGGACCUGCUGUCUCUGGUGCCAUGAACACGAUCAUCACGACCCGUGCUGGUAAGGAUUUAAUCUCCUCUCUUGUCUCUGGUCUUUUAACCAUUGGUGAAAGAUUUGGUGGUGCUUUGGAUGGUGCUGCUGGUAACUUUACCAAGGCUUAUGACAGUGGAUUAACCCCUCGUGAGUUUGUUACUUCGAUGCGUAAGGCUAAUAAAUUGAUUCCGGGUAUUGGUCACAAGAUCAAGUCGCGUACCAACCCUGAUAUGCGUGUCGAAUUAGUCAAGGAAUACGUCAAGAAGAAUUUCCCUCAAACCCCCAUUCUUGAUUACGCUCUCAAGGUAGAAGAGAUUACGACCAGCAAGAAGGAUAACUUGAUUUUAAAUGUGGAUGGUUGUAUUGCUGUUUCCUUUGUGGAUCUUUUACGUGGAUCGGGUGCAUUUACAGAAGAUGAGGCAGAGGAAUAUAUGCGUAUUGGUACCUUGAAUGGUCUCUUUGUGCUUGGUCGUUCUCUUGGUUUCAUUGGUCAUCAUUUGGAUCAAAAGAGAUUGAAACAAGGACUUUAUAGACAUCCUUGGGAUGAUAUCUCUUAUCUUUUACCUUCUUUAGAUCCUGAAACUUUAGAUCCUCGUCGUGUUAAUGCUCGUGUCAAUGUUCAACCCAAACAAUAAGUUCCUUUCCCCCCCCAUAACAACAACAACAACAAAAAAAUUGUAAAAAUUACCACCACCCACACCCCACUACAUUAUUCAUUAUCUUUUUUCUUUAAAAAAAUAAAAUAUUCUUAAUCAG